AUGCCCUUUGACCAACAACAGUCUUCGAAAACCAAUUCAGCCAUCUAUUUUGUAACUGGUGCAGUGGCUAUUUUACUUAGCUACUCUAUAUAUUCACAUUUAAAAAUAGCGUCAAAUCGCAGUGAUCAAUCUAUAAAGCGAACUAUUGGUCGAUCUGAAAGAAAACUAGACGAUGCUCUACAACUAAAAACAUUGGCAUACUUAAUGCAAUCAGACAAUGCCAAUAUUCGUCACAGUUCAACAAAAAUUAUUCUUGAUAGAGCUAUAUCAGGUAUUUGA